CCGGCGUCCUCCUCCUCCUGCUGCUGCUUCCGCCGCAUCGUGUACUCUCCCCCCCCCCCUCUCACUCACUCCUCCUUGCUCCUCCCAGCUCAGGCAAGUCUUCUCAGCCUCGACUCGACUCGACCGCCCGCGCCGAUUUCCCCUUCGUCCCGCGAGCUUCCGCCCUCCGGAAAAUGCUAAACCUUAUUAAGAUAAAGGGUCAAAAGAAGGAAGAUGCAGCAAAUGCAAAUGGAAAGCCUCCUGCCAAAAAGCAAAGUCCAGGGGAGUUGCGUCUUCACAAAGAUAUUGCUGAGCUUAACCUUCCUAAGUCAACUAGAAUUUCUUUUCCUAAUGGCAAGGAUGAUCUAAUGAACUUUGAAGUUACUAUUCGACCUGAUGAGGGGUAUUAUGUAGGUGGUAAAUUUGUUUUUACCUUCCAAGUUCCUCCUGCCUACCCUCAUGAACCACCCAAAGUCAAGUGCAAGACUAAGGUCUAUCAUCCCAAUAUUGACUUGGAGGGAAAUGUAUGCCUGAACAUUCUGCGUGAAGAUUGGAAGCCUGUCCUGAAUGUCAACACGAUUGUAUAUGGCUUGAAUCUUCUUUUCUCACAACCCAAUGAUGAAGAUCCCCUAAACCACGAGGCAGCAGCAGUUCUUCGAGAUAACCCAGAAAAGUUUGAGAGAAAUGUCCAGAGGGCAAUGGCUGGAGGCUAUGUCGGUGAAGUCCACUUCCCUAGAUGUAUGUAAGACCUGAAGAUGGUGAUCAGCAUCUGACGUAUCUGCUGCUGCCCUUUCUCCUACCAAUGCUCUAUGGUGGAAGUAGUAUAACUAUUGAGGAACUCCUCUUGUUAUGUACCAAUGGCACUCGCUAGAAAGUAAGUUAGCGAGGCAAUCGUACACUUGAUGUUUAGAACUCGCGAUCUGAAGACUCUGAAUUAACCUGUUGUGGCAAA